AUGUCGACAGUUUGCCUUUCAGCUGGUGAUAUUUAUAUUCCAAUUCAAAUUCAGGAAAGCGAUAUUUAUGGUGGGAUAAACCUACUUCUAAAAAACCUAAGACCUACAUGGCCUUUAGAAAACGUAAAAUUCAAGGUUUUCACGGAUGGAAUAACUAAUAAAUUAGUUUGUUGUCAAUUAAGUACUUCACACAAUGAAAAUGACAUAGUCCUCGUCCGGAUUUAUGGAAAUAAAACAGAUUUACUAAUUGAUAGAAAAGCUGAAGUCCGAAAUAUAAAAACUCUUAGCGCUCUCGGUUUAGCUCCAAAAUUAUAUGCUGUAUUUGAAAAUGGAUUAAUUUAUCAGUACUUCCCUGGAGACACUUUAAACAUUGAAACAGUACUUGAUAUAAAAAUAUGGCCUCUUGUGGCCAAGCAAAUGGCAAAAAUGCAUAGAGUUGAACUUGGAAAAGAGGUACAAAAAGACCCAAUGGUAUGGGAUAAAAUUGAACAAUUCCUAAGUUUGUUGCCAGAGAAAUUCUCUACAGAAGUCAAACACCAUAGAUUUGUGAGUAGCUUUGGGUCAGUAACUAAGCUAAGGAUUGAAUUUGAGCGUCUAAAGUCUCAUCUAAUCAAAACGGAGAGCCCAAUAGUGUUUGCUCACAAUGAUUUGCUUCUAGGAAACGUUAUCUUCAACAAAGAUGAAGGGACCAUCUCUUUCAUAGACUAUGAAUAUGCCAGUUACAAUUAUCAGGCGUUCGAUAUAGCUAAUCAUUUCAACGAAUUUGUCGGAUUAUCAAUUGAAGACAUUGAUUACCAAAGAUAUCCGAGUAAAGACUUUCAACUUGCUUGGAUUAAAGUAUAUUUGUCGGAAUAUUUAGGAACAAUGACGCCUGACGCUAAAAGCGUAGAUACAGUUUAUGAAGAAGUACAAAAACUUUCGUUAGCUUCACAUUUUCUUUGGGGUAUAUGGUCACUAGUGCAAUUUGAACAUUCUGAUAUUGAUUUCGAUUUCGGAAGGUAUGCAGAAAUACGUUUACAGCGAUAUUAUCAAACAAAAAAUGAUAUUUUAAGUGUAUGUACUUAAUUAAUUAAUAAUAAUAAUAAAAUGGACAUUUACUUGUAAAAGUACU